AUGUAAUUAUCCUAUUAGUAUCGAAAAUCAACAAGUUCACCUAUUUUAAAAUCUCAUAGUUUACCAACAAUAAAUGAAUUGAAAUUUGCUUUGAGAACUAGGGCAGGAAGUGAUUAAUAGCAUUCAGUCAAAAUAAAUUAGGACAGUUUUAUUGCAUGUAGAUUGUAAAAAUUAUUAUAAUCAGAGUAAUGGCUAUUAAUUCUUUGCUAUAUGUGAUGGUCAUGGUUAAAAUGGGCAUCUUGUUUCAUAAUAUUUAAAGAAAAACAUUCCAAGUAUAAAUCAUGAGAAUUAGUCAUUCUAAAGAAUUAUUUAAAGGACAUGUCCUUAAAUUCGGAAGGUAUAAAUUAAGCAAUAAUUCGUUCAUUCCUUAAAAUUAAUAAAGAUUUAUUUCAGAGUAAUAUCGAUACUAAUUUGGCUGGAUCCACUAUUGUAUCAAUAUUAAUUAAAGAUUAAUAAGUAUAUAUUCAUAUGUAUAUUAAAAUAGAUAUUUUGUUCAAAUGUAGGUGAUUCAAGAGCUAUUAUUUGCUAAAAAGCUAAUACUUGGAUGGCCAUUUAAAUUAGUGUUGAUCAUAAACCAAAUAAUUCAAAAGAAAGAGCUAGAAUCGUAAAUGCCGACGGUCGAAUAUCUUAAAGAAAGAACUCAGAUGGUUAUCCUGCUGGUCCUGAAAGAGUUUACUUAGCAUAUUCAGACACUCCUGGAAUAGCUAUGACUAGAAGUUUUGGAGAUAAAAUUGCAGCUAAGGUUGGAGUCAUAGCCGAACCAGGUAUUACUCAUUAUACUAAAUAAAGAGAUAUUAGAAUUUAGAAGAACGAAAGCUCAUAAAUUUAUUGUACUUGCUUCUGAUGGUGUUUGGGAUUAAUUGACUAAUGAUGAAGUUAUGGAUUUGAUACUUCCUUAUUUUAAAGACAAACAAGUAGAAUUGGCUACUGAAAGAGUUGUAAGGGAAGCUUUUAAUAGGUGGAAACAAUUUUCUAUUUUAAGAGACGAUAUAACUUGUAUUGUAAUUUUUUUAUGA